CCAGCAUCCUGAUUUCCUGUCAUAGACAUUCUCUACUGAAUGACAAGAGAAAGAGAGAGAAAGAGAGAGAAACACCCAAGAAAAAGUGGAGAAAGACGUCAGAGAAGGUAUUUAGGUGAUACAUAAGAGUCACAGCCAAUACGGAUUUUCUAAUAUCAGGAGGUUUAUUAGCAUCAAGAAAUGAAUGAAGAAAGCAUAAAACACAGAAAGCAGAGUUCAAAUCUAGGGAACAAUGAUCCACCUGCUGUCAGCAAGAAGUUGAAAUCUAUGAAUCUACAGAAAGAGAUGGGUCUGAUUAGUGGAAUCUGUCUCAUUGUUGGAACUGUGAUAGGUUCGGGGAUCUUUAUUUCACCCAAGGCAGUGCUGGCAAAUGUUGGAGCCAUCGGACCUUCCUUAAUCAUCUGGGCAGCCUGCGGAGUGGUUGCGACAUUAGGGGCAUUAUGUUUUGCUGAACUUGGCACCAUGAUAACAAAAUCAGGAUGUGAAUAUCCAUAUCUUAUGGAAGCCUUUGGCCCAAUACCUGCAUAUUUAUUUUCUUGGUCCUCUGUAAUUGUCAUGAAGCCCUCUUCCUUUGCCGUCAUUUGCCUCAGCUUUGCAGAGUAUGUGUCAGCUCCAUUUUACUCAGGAUGUGACCCACCUGUGGUUGUCAUCAAGUGUCUGGCAGUUGCAGCCAUCGUGGUUAUUACGUUAGUGAAUUCACUGAGUGUGAAGUUGGCAAGCUACGUUCAGAAUUUUUUCACUGCUGCUAAAAUGGUGAUAGUUGUAAUUAUCAUUGUAAGUGGCAUUGUUCUCUUAGCUAAAGGAAAUACUGAUAACUUCAACAAUUCAUUUGAUGGCCCCCCACUCUCGGUGGGUGCUGUUAGCCUGGCAUUUUAUCAGGGACUGUGGGCGUAUGAUGGAUGGAAUCAGCUCAAUUAUAUUACAGAGGAGCUUAAGGAUCCUUACAGAAAUCUACCACUGUCUAUCAUUAUUGGAAUCCCGCUCGUCACUGUUUGUUACAUUCUGAUCAAUGUUUCCUAUUUCACGGUUAUGACAUCAACAGAACUCCUGCAGUCUCAAGCUGUCGCUGUGACAUUUGGAGACAGGGUUCUUUAUCCUGCAUCUUGGGUAGUUCCUGUCUUCGUGGUUUUUUCUACCAUUGGAGCAGCCAACGGGACCUGCUUUACGGCUGGAAGGCUUGCUUAUGUAGCGGGUCGUGAGGGUCAUAUGUUAAAAGUGUUAUCUUAUAUCAGUGUUAAGCGCUUAACUCCAGCACCUGCUAUCAUAUUUUAUGGUGCAGUAGCUAUUAUUUAUAUCAUCCCUGGAGACAUCAACACACUCAUCAAUUACUUCAGCUUUGCAGUCUGGCUAUUCUAUGGUUUGACUGUAUCAGGACUUAUUGUCAUGCGCUUUACCAAAAAAGAACAUAAAAGGCCUAUCCGUGUACCUCUUAUCAUUCCCAUCAUUGUGACAUUAAUUGCUAUAAUCCUGGUCCUGGCUCCUAUUAUCACCACCCCUGAGUGGGCAUACUUGUACUGUUGCCUAUUUAUUCUUGGUGGACUUGUCUUUUAUGUACUUUUUAUUCACUACAGAUUUGGAUGGGCUCAAAAAAUAUCAAAACCCAUCACUAUGCACCUUCAGAUGCUGCUAGAGGUUGUUCCACCAGAAGGAGAAAACUGAAGAAAACUAAUUUUCCAAACAUUAAAAAGGCAACAUCCUGCAAACUGGCUUAGCAGCUGCAGUGUUCCCACUUCCAUGGGCAUGGUUCUGAUGAUUAGGGGAUAUCUGUGAGGUUGCAAGUGUCUUGAACAUAAACUUCAUCCAUUUGAAACCUGUUCAUUAGCUGUUAUGUAGUUAUUUCAACAGCAUUUCAAAUUCAGAGAACUACAACGUUGUAAGGAAAUAUCUGAAUGGAGAAAGAGGAAACCAUGAGGAUUUCUGAGCCUGUUGAUUUUAUUUUGACUAUAAAAAUCAAAAUGAUAAACAUUUCCGCUUCCAUUAUGAUUUGGACUUUCUUUGGCAAACAAACAGAACAGUGUUACAGUACCAUCUAUCAGUGAACAGACAUGGAAGCACAAUAAUAAAGUCUCACAUUUAACAGAAACUUAAAGCAAAUUAUCAACAUCUUAGAACUGCAGAGCUGGAAGGGACCCUAUGGAUCAUCGAGUCUAGCCCCUGUCAAGGAGGUUCAGAAAUGACAGCUGUAGAUCAAGGAACAGCUGUAGUUGCAAUCUAUAUAUUCAGAACCAAAGUCAGCAGAAGCAGCACUGAAUGGGCUGGAGGUCUACAGGCUAAGAUUCCCAUUGAAUAUCUGUUUGGGAAAUGCUUUCUCUGCACCAAAGCAAAUGCGUAUCAGGAAGUGACUAACUAUCCAUAGUGAGCUAUAAGGCACAUUUCCUGAGCAUCAUGGCCAUGGUCCAGAGAGGGAUCCUAGACACUUGUGCUUGCUUGUAGGGAAAGUGUGCCUCUGUCUUCAUUCCUGGGGGCUUUUAGGGUCAAACUAGAUGACACAGCCAGCACACUACAGAUAAUGGAUUGUUAUAAAGCAGAAUUAUUCAAGCCCUGAAAGAUGUCAAAUUGUCACGGCACAAUCUUUCCUCACCUCCCACAGCCUGCAAGUUAGUUUUCUUUUUCUGUGUCUGGUUCUUGUGGGGUCAACCUGGGCUUUGUCUGCAUUUCUAACAGCUCAGCUAUGAAGCUCUGUGGGGAUAAAAGCACUGAGAGACUUUACAUGUUCUCAGCUUUUAACAAAGUUCUUUCUGUAUCUACUUCAAUCUUUAAGAGGUUUGCUAUGGCAGUGUUUCUAGCUCAACAUCUUUUAUACAUUUUUAUACUGUUUAAAGAAUUUUAGGAGAAAGCAUCUGGAAAAUGGGUAAUACUGGAAUGUCUUCCCCUCUUCCCGUUAUUUUGAAUUCCCUACACAGUUAAAAAACUUAUCAUUCUCCUGUUAAGCAACACUCUGAUAUGAAUAAAGAAAGUUUGAUGUGUUGUGAAUGUCAUCAAUGUUUCUUUGUUAUGUAUUCUGUAUUAAAAUAAAGUUUCUAAGAACCGCGAGUAUGCAGAACCAGCAUGUUUUAUUAUUUCCAAGACACAGAAACACAAUAUCAUCCAACUGUCACACUAUGUUUCUUCCUAUGGAACACAAUGCAACAGAAUUCUAUGGAACUGUAAUAGCAGGAGACCAAACAAAAUUUUACAAACUAAAUAUAGGUAGAAAUCCCUGAAGUGAAAAGUACUGCUUUUUCCCCACACUGAAACAAAAAUGAGAUUUUGACAUAAGAACGGGUAAAAGGUGAAGCUACCCCUUCUGGUUGACAUUUGCACCACACAUGUGGUUUUUCAUUCUCUGAUUCAAAGUGACAGGAGUGCAUGUUUACCUAGAAGGAACUCCCACUGAGCUCAACUCCCCUACGGGUGGUCCAGAAGAGGGUCUGCUGUUUAACACAUGAUCUGAUCCCUAACUCUGCAGAUCUAAUCUGUCAAAAUAUGCUCAAGUUGUACAUUAUAGUGAAUAAAGGUAAGGUGCUGUUGAGAUCGAAUCAACACCACUUUAACUUUACCUGGUUUAAUAAUAACAAUGUGACAAACAUUUAACCAGAGAAUCAAAAACACUUCUAGCUACUGGCAUUCAACCCACAUAGCCACUGCAAAUCCAUAAAAGCCGGGAUUCUGCUGUAGAAAUGCCAUACCACACUAUCUUUUAUUCUUUCUCUUUACCAAAGCUGCUCUCUAGAAGCAGCUGUUGAAGUCAUUUCUCCUCCAAUUCUCUUUUCAAUUUUGAAAGUUAAAGUCAAGUGGCUGAAAUCCUUUUGCUUUGCAUAGUAAGAGUAGGCUGAUGGAAUCAGUUGGGAUUUGGUGAGUCAACUCCUC